AUGCAUAGAUUUUCGCUUGCCCGUGGCGAACUGUCUGGACCAGUCGAAACAGAUUCCGGAGUUCAUACUCUUUAUUCUUAUUCAUGUUGUUCUUCCACAAAUAAGAUUAUCAUUACCGCCAAAUAUGCAGGCAUUCCAGUUACCUCAGAUGCCUCCUUUGUCUAUGGAGAAACCAAUAUGACGUCCACCUUUAAGAGCAAGUUUCCCUUUGGAAAGGUUCCGGCCAUGGAUGCUCCAGAAGGUCCCAUUUAUCAAUCAACCGCAAUUUGCACAUAUCUUGCUGAGUCAAGUACUGAAAAGGAGCGCCUUCUUGGUUCAACUCCUUACGAAAAGGCGCUUAUUGCUCAGUAUAUGAGCUUGGCCGAUAAUGAAUUUAUGCCGCCUGUUCGUUCUUGGACUCUUCCUUUGUGUGGUUUUAUGCCAUAUUCUGAGGAAUUGGUUACAAAGGCACGUUCCGAUUCGCUUUCCCUUCUUACCACGUUGGACAGUAUCCUUUUGUCAAAAACCUUUCUUGUGGGAGAGCAGAUUACUCUCGCAGACAUUUGCCUGUCAACUAACCUUUACGUGGCAUUUUUGUAUGUCAUUGGUCCAGAGCUUCGCAAAAAGCUCCCAAAUCUCACUCGCUGGUACUUGACUUGCUUUGCGCAGCCAGAGUUUCAAUGUUCCGACAAGGCUCUAUAUACUGAAGAUGACCUUCUUUGUAAAGAACCUCUUACGACACCAAAGCCCUGCAUUUCAACGAAAAGCGAAUGCUCAAAAGCUAACAAAUCCUGUUCAGCAGCUAAAUGCCCUGAGGCCAACAAAUCCUGUUCAACAAAGGCGUGCCCAAAGCCUGCUGCUGUGAACCACGAUGAAGAAGACGAAGAAGAAGCUGUGAAAGAAAAGCCCGUAAAAAAUGCACUCGAUGAACUCCCCCCUUCUUCGUUUGUCCUUGAUGCCUGGAAGCGCUUUUAUUCCAAUAACGAGACCACACCCACAGCGAUCGAUUAUUUCUGGAACAACUGGGAUCCUAAGGGCUACUCCAUGUACCGCUUAACGUAUAAAGACAAUGCCGAGCUGACAAAAAUUUUCAUGUCCUCGAAUCUGAUUGGUGGAUUCUUUCAGCGCUUGGAGCACAUGCGCAAGUAUGCAUUCGGCUCGAUGUGUGUCUUUGGCGAAGAAAAUAAUAGCGAAAUUUCGGGCAUGUUUAUCAUUCGCGGCGGUCCAGAACUUCCAGAAAUGUUCAAGGAAGUUCCAGACUUUGACUCGUAUGUAGUGGAGCAUGUUGAUUCAAGCGAUCCCGCUAUUAGAGACGAAUGGAAUGCAUAUCUAGCAUGGGAGGGAAACUUUAAGAAGCCCUUUGCUAAUGGCAAGAUCUUCAAGUGA